AUGGGACAAGUUUAUUCUUGCGACUUUGUGAUAGUUGGUGGUGGAACCUCAGGUCUCGCUCUCGCAUCGCGCUUAACGGAGAAUCCAAGUGUACAAGUUUUGGUUCUGGAAGCUGGAGACGACCAAACUGAGAAUCCCAUCUUCCAAAUACCAUCAUUUUAUACAGCAUGUUUAGGCUCUCGUUUGGACUGGAAUUUCACGACUCAGCCUCAGGUACUGUUGGUAUGACCUGGUUGUCGUAAAGGGUGAUACACAAACAUAAUCUCUCUUUGUAUUCAUUCGUGUAUGAAGAGUAAAGGUAAAGAGAGGUGGUACCCUACAAGCUUCAGUAUAUGAGUGGCAAGCCACUGACAUGACCUAAAGCAUAUAGAUCCACCAGGCUCUCGUACAAGGUGCUAUUCACCAGAAUUAUAUACCGACAGGUACCUUUCUCUUCUAAGAUAAUCCCACACUGCUAACAAACUUGAUAGACUGGAUUGCUCGGAAGACAAGUCCCUUUGAACCAAGGAAAGGCUCUUGGAGGCUCAAGUGCUAUCAAUGCCCAGGUUUUCGUUCCACCUUCGGCAGCAAUAAUUAAUGCUUGGGAAGAACUGGGAAACGAUGGAUGGUCCUGGGAUGUCAUAGCACCAUACUUUGAGAAAGUUCAUUCAGAGCCUACCAUCUCGCAGGAGAAUAAAGAGUCGCUGGGCAUCGAUUGGAACGAAGGCAAAACCGGCAAGAUUCAAACAUCAUAUCCUGAGCCAAGCGCAGAUCCAGUGCCAACUACAUGGAUAGAGACAUUUAAAAAUAUUGGUCGUCAGAUGACUUCAAAUCCAUUCUCAGGGACACAAGACAGUGGAGCUUUCAUUCCUCUAGCAAGGUAAGCAGAUUCACUUCAAAAAGCUUGUGAUUCAUGUUGAGAAUGAAGUUGCAUCCUCGAGUUCUCUCUCCUUGUCUUGCUCAGAAAUACAUGCUAACUCCUCAAAGCGUGGACCCUGCAUCCGCUACAAGAAGUUAUUCUGCAACGACUUACUAUUCGCAAGCUAAAAGCCGAUCAAACCUACACGUUCUGACCAAUUCUCGAGUGAAGAAAAUAAAAUUCGUCGGGGUUGCACCAUAUCUCCGAGCUACAGGUGUACAAUAUACCUUGAGCGAUGGUUCGACUGUAGAAGUCACUGCAAGCAGAGAGGUCAUCUUGGCGGCUGGAGCUCUUCAAUCGCCCAAAAUACUCGAAUUGUCAGGAAUUGGAGGUUCCGAGCUGCUCAAAUCACUUGACAUCCCCGUUCUAAUCAACAACCCUAAUGUCGGCGAGAAUCUUCAGGAUCAUCUCAUCAGUGGUGUUGGAUUCGAAGCGAAGGAUGGUGUACCAACCAAAGAUGACUUGGUCAGAAAUGACCCAGUCGCCCUUGGUGCUGCUAUGCAGGAAUACGCGACAAGUCAAUCGGGACCCUUGGCUUCAGUAGGACUCAAUUCAUACGCUUAUUCGCCCGUCAUGGAUUUUGUUUCAGAAAGUGGCCAGAAGCAGCUCCAGGAAUUGCUUGAUCGAUAUGCUCCAGCUACCACUGAAUCUGAAUUGUCGAAGGAAUAUUACGAAAUUGCCCGCAAGAUUCUUCCAGACCCAGAGGAAGCUUCUGCUAUAUUUUUAGCUGUCAAUGCGCAAGGAGCAACGCCAACCGUUCCUCCUUCAGGGCCACAAAAAGGAAAUUAUAUCACGUUGGGAGCCGUGUUGACAAAGCCAUUUUCUCGCGGAAGUGUCCAUAUCACAGCCAAUUGUCCCGAUGUUGCGCCUGCAAUUAAUCCGAACUACUUGAGCCAUCCGUAAGUGAAAAGAAAAUAUCAUUUCCCAGCAGUGCUGACAAAAUCCUUAGAAUGGACCUCGAAGUUUUCGGCCGACACAUGCUUUACCUCAUGACCCUCGCGGAACAAGAACCAUUAAAAUCGACAUUGUUGAAGGUGGACGACUCCGGGACCCGGGAUCGAACUUCACAACCCUCGAGGAAGCAAAGGCAUACGCCAAAACCAGCAGUAUUUCGAUGUGGCAUCCGACAAGCACGUGUUCCAUGUUACCAAAAAAGAUGGGUGGAGUUGUGGAUAAGAAAUUGUUGGUGUAUGAGACAACAAAUUUGAGAAUCGUGGAUGCCAGUGUUUUCCCAUUGGUUUCCAGGGGAAAUACUCAAGCCACUGUUUAUGCUGUUGCUGAGAGAGCUGCUGAUAUUAUUAAGAAGGCUUAUUAUUUGUAG